CUUAUUAAAUAGAUAUUUGAUUAAAUCGUCAACUUUUCUACCAAGUUAGUCUUUUUUAAAUCUACAAGAUCCAAACAACAAUCUGAGCAGCACAAUGUGUAUCGGGGGAAUUGCCUCUUCGUUGGCCUGCUGUGUCUCCAGUGCUGCUUGCUCGCUCUGCUGUGCAGCUUGUCCUUCUUGCAGAAACUCGACUGCUUCUCGUGUGGCUUAUGGACUCGUACUUGUGCUGGCUACGAUUGCGUCAUUGAUCUGUAUGACAAACCUGGUCAAGGAUGAAUUGGCAAAGAUUGGACCACUUUGCGAAGAAUUUGGGCAUGGCGUUGAUUGUCAGGCGAUGAUGGGUUACUUCCUAGUGUACCGAGUGAUGUUUGCCAUGUGUUGUUUCUUCGUCCUCAUGGCUCUUUUGAUGAUAGGAGUGCAGAACAGUAAAGACAAAAGAGCAGCACUUCAGAAUGGAUUCUGGGCAGUCAAGGCUGUUCUCAUUGCAGGCAUCGGAGUGGGUGCCUUCUUCAUACCACGAGGACACUUCGAAACUGUUUGGAUGUACUUUGGCCUGGUGGGUGGAUUCGGCUUCAUUGUACUGCAACUCGUGUUCCUAAUCGACUUCGCUUACACGUGGAACGAGAAGUGGGUGGCCAAAAUGGAGGAGGAAGAAGGUUGUGGCAAGUGGUUCUCCCUCCUCCUUGGAGUCACAAUCGGAAUUUUCCUGAUCUGCAUUGUAGCUAUGGUUCUGAUGUUCGUAUAUUAUGGUGGCGAAGGAUGUGGCCUGCAUAAGUUUUUCAUCUCGAUCAACAUGGCUCUCUGUAUCCUGUUGUCUGUUGUGUCCAUUCUGCCAAAGGUGCAGGAAGCCAACCCGAGCAGUGGACUGCUACAGUCUUCGGUCGUCUCAAUCUACAUGAUGUUCCUCACCUGGUCUGCCAUGACGUCAUCCACCACUCAAGGAUGCAACCCUCGUCUGGGAGAAAUAAUCACUGGCCACUCCUCCGAUUCUUCGGAGGAGAAGAAUAACGGGACCUCACUGGAUGGGGCGAGCAUUGUUGGCAUAAUCGUGUGGGUGUGUCUCGUCAUGUACAGCAGUGUGUCCACUGCGGGCAAGGUCGGAGUCAGUGCGGCGCCAGAGGAGGAAGGCUUUGUGCCUAUGAGUGACGUGCACUCUGGGGGACAUGCUUCGGAUGACGAGGAGGGAGGGGGCAGGAAGGGUCAGAAGGUGUACGAUGACGAGGAGGAAGGAGUGGCCUACAACUACUCUCUCUUCCAUCUAGUCCUCGCAAGUGCAUCCCUCUACAUCAUGAUGUGUCUCACUAACUGGCUCGACCCACAAGGCCAACUGCAGCAGUUCCAAAGAAGCAACGCAGCGAUGUGGGUCAAAAUUGGCUCCGGUUGGACAUGUGCUGGACUUUACGCGUGGUCUCUAGUAGCACCACUCGUUCUCACCAAUCGAGACUUCGCUUUUUAGAUUGACUCAACUAAGACGGACUGUCCAAUUUUGAAUUGAUGCUAAAAUUUGUAUAUUAGGAAAACACUUCAGUAGCAACGCAACUCGACGUUCGGUUUUAGAAAAAAACUUAGAAGAAAUUCUUAUUGCUUCAAUCAUUAAUUUAGCUUCAGAAAUAAUCGCGGUUUUGUAAAGAAAAUUAGGUAUAUAUGUAUGUAUCCUUGGUAAAUUGGCCCUAGAGUUGAAUAUCCGUGUUAAAGACCAGUGAAGCAAUUAGAAUUGUUAACUCAGACUGAAAUGUUUCAUCAAUAUUUUAGAUUACCAGGGCAGCCCGCAGCCGAAUUGGCCGUUUUUUCAGAAAUCUUCAGAAAAAUGCUCUAAAACUGUUUUUAAAAUUUUAGGUGAA